AUGGUUAAUAUUCAGCCACAUAUUCAGAAUUUGUUUCAUGGUUAUCGAAUUCCAACAAAUGGACAAGGUCAAUAUAAAUGUUCACAUUGUCGUGAAUUGGUAUUAUUUGGUACAAGUAGACUCAAUUGGAUGAUUCAUAUCAAAUCGAAACGUGCACCUGAAUUUGAUAAGUUAGUUGGAGAAUUACGUUUAGCAAAAAAAACUUAUCAAUGA